CGAGGGACCUGCCCAACGUACGUCCCAAUUACGGGUGGGACUGUGGGCCUGCCCCGGCGCCGCCGCUCCUGCGCCCUCGACAGCGAAAGGGAUUGACUGACGCUACUUGGAUUGAUUUGACGAUCUCCUAAGAGACUCGAAGUUAAAUUUCUAUAAACAAAUAAACUAGUUCUCUCUCAUUUGGAGCAAUGCUGAAGUUCCAAGAGGCUACUAAGUGUGUGAGUGGACCAAUAGCCCUUUCUGCUUAUCCAAAGACCUUGAUUGCAAGAAGAUACGUAGUUCAACAGAAACUUGGUAGUGGAAGUUUUGGAACUGUCUAUCUGGUCUCAGACAAGAAAGCAAAACAAGGAGAGGAAUUUAUAGAUGUCUGCAAUGGGCACCUGCACUGUAUCAUGAUGCUAUUUGAGCCCCCAAAACUCUGCUACAUGCUGGUGAUCAGGAGUGGAGAGGAAAAGACCAGAAAAGUACUGAAGGAAAUCUCUGUGGGAGAACUCAAUCCAAAUGAGACUGUGCAGGCCAAUUUGGAAGCCCAGCUCCUUUCCAAGCUGGACCACCCAGCCAUUGUCAAGUUCCAUGCAAGCUUUGUGGAGCAAGAUAAUUUCUGCAUUAUCACCGAGUACUGUGAGGGCCGAGAUCUGGACUGUAAAAUUCAGGAAUAUAAAGAAGCUGGAAAAACCUUUCCGGAAAGUCAGAUAAUCGAAUGGUUUAUCCAGCUGUUGCUAGGAGUUGACUACAUGCAUGAAAGGAGGAUACUUCAUCGAGACUUGAAAUCAAAGAAUAUAUUUCUGAAAAAUAAUCUGCUUAAAAUUGGGGAUUUUGGAGUUUCUCGACUCCUAAUGGGAUCCUGUGAUCUAGCCACCACUUUAACUGGAACUCCUCAUUACAUGAGUCCAGAGGCUCUGAAACACCAAGGUUACAACACAAAGUCGGACAUCUGGUCUCUGGCAUGCAUUUUAUAUGAGAUGUGCUGCAUGAACCAUGCGUUCACUGGCUCCAAUUUCUUGUCCAUUGUUUUAAAAAUUGUUGAAGGUGACACGCCUUCUCUCCCCCAGAGAUACCCAAGAGAACUGAAUACCAUCAUGGAACGCAUGUUGAACAAGAGUCCUUCAUUGAGACCAUCUGCUAUAGAAAUUUUAAAAAUCCCUUACAUUGAUGAACAACUACAGCACCUGAUGUGUAGAUAUUCGGAGAUGACUCUGGAAGACAAGAAUUUGAAUUGUCAGGAGGAGGCUGCUCAGAUAAUUAAUGCCAUGCAAAAAAAGAUCCACCUGCAGACUCUGCGGGCGCUGUCUGAAGUGCAGAAAAUGACACCAAGAGAAAGGAUGCGGCUGAGGAAGCUCCAGGCAGCUGAUGAGAAGGCCAGGAAGCUGAAAAAGCUUGCAGAAGAAAAAUAUGAAGAAAAUAACAAACGAAUGCAGGAGUUGAGAUCUCGGAACUCUGAGCAGCUAACUAUUGAUGUUCUCCAUGAAUCUGAUGACCUGACUUCAGAGAACCUGCCUGAGUCUCAGCCCAUUCCUUCCUUGGAUCUUGGCCCACUUGAGUCAAGUGUAGAAGACACCAUAGCUGACCUUGGAGAUCAUGACAUCCCGGAAGACCCGCUUGUGGCUGAAGAAUAUUAUGCUGAUGCAUUUGAUUCCUGUUCUGAAGAAAGUGAGGAGGAGGAAGAAGAAAUAGUGUUCUCAGGACCAGAGGAAGAGGUUAAGGAUGAAGGACCCCAGCCUGCUUACAGAACAAUCCAACAGGACAGUGAUAUUGAAGCACUGGUCAGGUGUUUGGAAAAUGUCCUCGGUUGCACCUCUCCAGAUGCAAGGACGAUCCCCAGCACAGCUCCAGACGUGUCCCCAGGACUAACAACGUUCAACAGCACAGUGGCCGCGACCAAGAUGAAACACAUGAGGGAAUCAGCCAUGCAGAAGCUGGGAGCACAAGUGUUUGAGGAGGUCUAUAACUACCUCAAGAGAGCAAGGCACCAGAAUGCCAGCGAAGCCGAGAUCCGGGCAGCUCUAGAAAAAGUGGUGCCUCAUGCCAGUGACUGUUUUGAAGUUGACCAGCUCCUGUACUUUGAGGAGCAGUUGCUGAUCACAAUGGGUAAAGGGCCCACACUCUGCAACCCACACCAACAACUGCCAAACGCAAGCAAGUUCAAGGGGACAAAUCCAUUCAGCACAUAGCUGGACUCCGUUAUGGGAAAUGAGUACGUAGCUGGAGUCACCAUCUCUACUUUCAAUUCCUUAUCAAGAGGAGGGAGUCCUUUAGAGAGUAGUAAACAUAUCUGCCUGUACCUGGAACCCCGGGCCAGUUGGUGUUUGGUCUACACUCUGAGGUGAGCUUCUGGACCAAGCGUGGCUUCCUGAACAGCAUUCCCGCACUCGUGCCCUCAGGGCUUCCAGAGGGUUGGACCUCCCCGUGAUGGCCUGGAGAAUCAUCUACUCUUUACCAUUUCCACUUGGAGGACAGGCUCGGUGCCUGUCUGCUUUGAGUCACAGUGCUCUGUGGCCAGCUGGCUCCUGAAGGUCGCUGAACACUGGCCUCCGACACACGGAGCUGCUAACCAGGAGUCACAAAUAUUUGUUUCAGGUGACCCAUUUUGGGUCCACUUUUGCCCUUUCCUGGCUAACAAGCAAGAUGUGCAUAUAUAUAAGGACCUGGACUAAAAAUCCAAAAAGCAAUUCUCUUCUGUGAUUUAUUCUCCAAGCUCAUCCAUGGAGUAUUGAAGACAUUUAUUCUAAUAAAUAUAUUUCCCAUGGUUAUAAAGUA